AUGCUCACCUAUUUAACAUUGUUAUUUAUAUUUACGGCAGCUUAUGCCGUGCCAUUUAACCCACAAUUUGAGCAAGGUUUUAAUGGUAAGCAAUGGGUGGUGCUAGCUGCGUCCAGUAAUGGUUGGUUAAAUUAUGGUGACCAGGCCGACGUAUACCACGCCUACCAUGUGGUCCGUUCCCACGGCAUACCCGACGAGAACAUCAUUUUGUUUCAUUACGACGACAUCGCAAACAAUAAGCAAAAUCCGACAAAAGGUGUCGUUGUGAACGAACCCAACGGUACAAACGUUUACUACGAUAUACCGAAAGAGCGUAGUAUUACCGGGAAGGACAUUACGCCCCAGCUAUUACCUAAGGAUAUCGAUAUAUACGUGACCACAGCUGCCAGUCCUGAUGAGGAAAGUUAUUUCUGUUGCUACGAUGAAAAGCGUGAUAGUUAUGUGGGUAUGUAUUAU